AGCAAAGAAGACAAAAAAAGGCUCUUUCAAAUGUGGGGUCCACCUGUAUAUAAUUCCUUUCAAUCAUGUGCGCGGAAGUCACUUUUUUUUUGCCAAAAUUUGAAAUCCAAUGCCGGAAAAACAGCAGAGCCAACAGCUUCACUACUCUUUUUGUUUUCUACACUUUUUAACGAUAGCAGCAAACAUUGAAUUUUGAUAUUUGAGAUGGCUGAGAAGAGAAAAGACGCUUCAAGUAAUAGUAGUGGAGGAGCACUUGUGAAACGAGCCAAGCAAGACGGCCAGGAUAACAACGAUAAAUCCCUCAUCAACCUGUCUAAUGAGAAGUCUGGAACGAAGAAUGCUAUUGUAGGAACUAUUAAACGUACAUCAGGAUUAGACGCACCUGUUAUGCAAUUGAUGGGACACGAGGGAGAAAUCUAUUCUUGUGAAUUUGAUCGCUCCGGUGAAUACAUAGCUAGUGCAGGUUUUGAUCGACAAAUAUUGCUAUGGAAUACUUAUGGUGAAAUCAAGAAUUAUGGAGUCCUCAAAGGUCAUACAAAUGCCGUCAUGGAAAUGCAUUGGUCUCGAGAUGGCAAUCAUAUUUAUAGUUGCUCUGCCGAUAAGUCUGUCAGUAUUUUUGAUACAAAGUCUGGCCAACGGGUUCGCCGAUGGAGAGGACAUACAGGCAUUGUGAAUAGUUGUCAGGUCGCACGUAGAGGACCUGAGCGUCUUGUUUCUGGCAGCGAUGACGGCACAGUCAAAAUCUGGGAUAACAACUCGAAAGAGGCUGUGCAUACAUUUGAGAAUGACUAUCAAGUGACAAGUGUCUGUUUCAGUGAGGCGGGUGAUAUGGUAUAUUCAGGCGGUAUAGACAAUGAAAUCAAAGUAUGGGAUUUACGUAAAAAUCAAUUGGCAUAUACAAUGAAGGGACAUAUGGAUACGGUGACGGGAUUAUCAUUGAGUCCAGAUGGAUCUUAUCUAUUAUCAAAUGCUAUGGAUAACACCGUGCGUAUGUGGGAUGUGAAGCCUUUCGCGCCAGCAGACAGAUGCGUUAAAAUAUUCGAAGGAGCACCACAUGGAUUUGAAAAGAAUUUAAUUAAACCUUGUUGGUCAACAGAUGGUUCACAAAUUGCAUGCGGUUCAGCUGAUAGAACAGUAGUCAUUUGGAAAGUGGAUUCAAGAAAGAUAUUGUAUAAGCUUCCUGGACAUAAAGGAUGCGUGAAUGAUGUAGAUUGGCAUCCAAAAGAACCCAUUGUCAUGAGCGCUAGUACAGAUAAGACAUUAUUUUUGGGUGAAGUAAAGCCAACCAAACUAUAAGAAGUCUGUCAAACUGAUUAAUAAACCAAUUUGCCAUCAUUAAUUGUAUGAAUCCAAACUUUUUUUUUUUUUUUUUUUUUCUU